UUAAUUGCCCAUGGGUCUUGUCGAAAAGAAGGCCCGGCAUGGGAGAGUAGGAUUUUGGCAGCCUUGCUCUGGAAAUUGGAAAAAAGAAAGGCAAAAGAUCGGGAAGUAGCCGCCGCCUCUCAGUCUGCCGCCGGGAGGUCAGCACAGAAGUAUCAAGUAACACGUUCCUCGGAAGUUGAGUCGCCGGACUUGGGGCCUCUCUGACCUCUGUUGAUACCUCCGCCUCCGUGUAUCCGAGGAAAGCAUCGCCAGCGGCAAUCGAGCUUGAUACGGAAAUCAAUUUCGCCGCUAAAGGAGCACCGCAGCCUAGUUUAUUCGAAGGGGGUUAAUAGAUGGAGAGAGUCCUGCUAGGCAUGGCUGGACCAUGGGCCGAUGAUAGUCGUGAAGCAGCUGAUCAUUACACAACCAAAAUUGGUGGACUUCCUGAUUGGCCUUUCCCCAGAGAGUCUCUACCGCCGGAUCUGCUAAAGUGUCGCAAAUGUGGAGGGCACCUGUGUCUGGUUGCACAGGUGUAUGCUCCAGUUUCUACCGGAUCCUUGAAGAUUGAAGAACGUUUUCUUUUGAUCUUUGGUUGUAUAAUGCCUGGAUGCGGCACAAGUCCUGAUAGCUGGCGAGCUUUUCGUGUCCAGAGAUUAGACGAUGGAAGAGAAGUGAGGGAAAGCACUCCUGUGAAAACAUUGCCUUCAACUACUACACCUUCCAUCUCAGAUUCAAAGGCCAGUUGGUUUGAUGGGUUCGACGAUGAUGAUGAUGACGACGAAGAUAUGGAUCUGGAAGCUCUUGGUAGAGCCCUUUUAGAAGCUGGAACGGCCUUGAAUUCCGUUUCCAAGAAAGAAAGCCGGAACAAGCGGUCAGGGACAGUUCAAAAUUAUCUUCCUUCGACUCCAGGAACCAGACUGGUUGACAAGGAAUGUCCAGUGGCUCCUUGCUUUUACAUGUAUACUCAGGAGCAUAAACCUGCAAGUGCUGUUGUCUCUCUAUCUUCGAAUUACUCUUCACUUUCCAUCAAGGAGAAGCAAAGUGCUGAUGGUGGUGAUGAUGAUAGUGAUAAAGAAACAUGGGCACCCGAAGCUUAUGAGUAUGAUGCAGCUUUAAAUGCCGACAGAACUUACCUCAAGUUCAAGAAGCAAUUGGAUGCAAACCCAGAGCAGUGUUUCAGGUAUUCCUAUGGUGGAAAGGCACUUGUAGCUACCCAAGGGGUAGCAGAUGUCGGUGGAUGCAAGCUAUGUGGCGGUUCAAGAUUUUAUGAGAUGCAGCUGAUGCCCACCGUAAUCUAUUUUCUGCAAGAAGCUGCUGAUGACCAGCUAAGACAUGCAUUAGAGAACUGGGACUGGUUGACUCUACUUGUCUAUACGUGUGCCAAGAGUUGUUCGAACUCGAAUUCUUGCAUCGAGGGGUGGAUUGUGGCGGAAGAAGGUGUCGUCCUUCAGUCUGAGAACACAAAGCCAAACCCACCACCCACCAUGGCCUCAAAGCUCGCAUCUUCCAACAACUACUCCCUUCUCCUCCAAAACCCACACCACCACCACCGCGGCGCCGCCGGAACCCACAACCACCUCCGCCCCUCCGCCGCCGCCUCCCCCAAAAUCAAGCCUCUUUCCCUACGAUGCGCCGCCACCACCGCCGCCGCCUCCCCGAUCCCAGCCCACGUCGGAGAAGAGCGCAUAUUCAAUUUCGCCGCCGGACCCGCGACCCUGCCGGCCAACGUCCUCAAGAAGGCCGAAUCCGAGCUCUACAACUGGCGCGGAUCUGGGAUGAGCGUCAUGGAGAUGAGCCACAGGGGGAAAGAGUUCCUCUCCAUCAUCCAGAAGGCCGAAUCGGAUCUCCGCUCCCUUUUGAACAUCCCCGAGGAUUACUCCGUCCUCUUCCUCCAAGGCGGCGCCACCACCCAAUUCGCCGCCAUCCCGCUCAACCUCUGCUCCCCUGACGACUCCGUCGAUUUCGUGGUCACCGGAUCUUGGGGCGACAAGGCGUACAAGGAGGCCCAGAAGUACUGCAAGCCGAAGCUGAUCUGGUCAGGUAAAUCGGAUAAGUACACCACAAUCCCUUCUUUUGAUACCCUAGAGCAGAGCUCGGGCGCCAAGUAUUUGCAUAUAUGCGCCAAUGAGACGAUUCACGGGGUUGAGUUCAAGGACUACCCAAACCCUAAAAAUGGGAUCUUGGUUGCCGACAUGUCCUCCAAUUUCUGCUCCAAGCCCGUCGAUGUCUCCAAAUUCGGGAUCAUCUACGCGGGUGCGCAGAAGAAUGUGGGGCCAUCUGGAGUCACCAUUGUGAUCAUCAGGAAAGAUCUGAUUGGAAAUGCUCAGGGGAUUACCCCUGUAAUGCUGGAUUACAAGAUCCACGCCGAGAACAAUUCGCUGUACAACACGCCUCCCUGCUACGGGAUCUACAUGUGCGGGCUGGUGUUCGAGGAUCUGGUGGCACAGGGCGGGCUGGAGGAAGUGGAGAAGAAGAACAAGAAGAAAGGGGAGUUGCUGUACAAUGCGAUCGAAGAGAGCAAUGGUUUCUACAGGAACCCUGUCGAGAAGUCGGUGAGGUCGUUGAUGAAUGUGCCAUUCACGAUGGAGAAGUCUGAACUGGAGGCGGAGUUCAUCAAGGAGGCUGUGAAGGAGAAGAUGGUUCAGCUGAAGGGACACAGGUCGGUGGGAGGGAUGAGGGCUAGCAUCUACAAUGCAAUGCCGUAUGAAGGUGUGGAGAAGUUGGUUGCUUUCAUGAAGGACUUCCAGGCUAAGCAUGCUUGA